AUGAUGGACGAUUACGAUUCCGACUCCGAUUCCGAUGCCUCCUACCAAGCAGGAAAAAAGAGACCCAGUCCUGCCUUUUCCGCCAAUAAUAACAAGUACAAGAAUCUUGACAAUGACGACGACGACGAUUCGGAUUCGGACGAUUCCUUGCUCGAUGACUCCAAACAAACCUUUCGGACGUCCAAACGCUUGCGUCAAAAUGCUACCGAACAACAAGACUCCCAUUUGCAAGAUGCCCUCAAAUCAAGAAGCCGCAAAAUGGAGUCCCACGUCAAUUUGCACCGCAAGAUUCAACAAACCAAACAAGAAACGAAAAUGCACGACGAUGAUUUGUUGCAGUCGGCACGAGAUCUCAAAGUGAAGCGGGAAGCGGACAAUAAGCAACGAGAAGAUGAAAAGAAGCAAGAGCAGCAGCAGCAGCAACAACAACAACAACAACAACAUGCUGCAAGUAUGGAUGGAUCCUCACCGGCACCGAAACGAAGAAGUCCCAAUGAUUUGUGGCUCGAAGUCAGAGAUACCGAAUUGACCCGCGGUAUCGACACCAAUUUUGGUUUAUCCGAUAUGCUGCCUGUCAACCGCAAUCUGGCCGAUUCUAGUCAGAAGGCACUGGAAUAUUUGGAAUACGUGCUUGGCCAAGAAAAAAAAGACAAGAAGACCAAAGUGAUUGUCCAGGCAUUCAAGAAGCACUUGAAGAAUGAUACACUGGGUGACUUUUUGGUGCACAAGCGAUUGGCGGCAAUGCCCGAAUCAUCCUUCUUGUCGCCAACUUUGCUACGAUGGCUAUUCGAAGUGGCCGUAGCAACCUGCAGCAGUAGCAGCAGUAGUGCUGGAGAAGAAAACAAAACAACCACCACCACCACAACCAAUAAAAAGGAGGAUCAUGCCAAUGAUGACACUGCUGCCUUUUACAAGCUUUCCCGGGGCGCCUACCAAACGCUGGUACAAUUGUGGUCCACCGGCAAGGGAUUCCUCGACAAGGAGGGAUGCAUUUUGUCCAUUUCGGAUUUGCCACUCCAAUUGCAAGAAUGGUUUGGCAUUGAUGUUGCCAAUGUCAAUAACAAUACCAAAAAGCCAAGUCCCAAAUCACCCACUUCGGUCGGAGGCUUUGUGGACAAAGCAGCAGCAGCAGCAGCAGCAGCAGCAGCAGCAGCAGCAGCAUUGACGUCCACCACUACCAGCAUGCCCAAGGCCAUGAGUGCCUUGUCGUUGAUGAGAUUUUUGACUCUUUGGGAAUUGGCCCUACGCCAAAACAUGGUGUUUGUGGACGUUGUGAAUCAAGAGGUUUGGGAGGAUGCCAUUGUGGCACUCCUUUUAGUAUCCUUGGAUCCCUACAUUUUUGAAUCCGCCACGGAUACCUUGGCGAGUUCUCAACCCAGUGCCACCUUGCGCAAUAUUUUGGGGCACUUGUUGUUGUUGUUGCAAGCAACAAAUAAGAAUAUGGAUUGGACGUCCAGUCUGGCCACCAAAAUUAUGGAGCAGGUCGGCAUUGCCAAGCUUGACAAUAACAAUAACAACAACAACAACAACAACAACAACAACCACCCAAAAAAUGAGACUCAAUCGACGACGACGACGACGACCGAAAAGGACCGUGACAUUGUGUGGAGCGAUCAAGCGAGAAUGGUCCGGGUGCUGUGUCACACCCAAGGAUCGUGUGCCAUUGUGGCCACCUUGUGCGAGAAACUCGUGACCACCAAGAUUAUUUCAUCCAGUCUGCACCAUCACCACCAUCAUCAAGAACAACCAUUAUCCAUAUUGACCAGCUGCUGCUGGGACAAUAUUGACAAGGAACUUUCGACCAUCAAAGGAUGGUCGAGUUUUGCUGCCAUUUCCAAAGUCUUUUUUCAACUCGUGGAAUCUUUGCCCAAUCAAGGAGAAACCAAUGUCCCAGCCUCACUUGUGGAAUUGUUGUUGGAAGCCUUGAUCAUGGGUUUGGCCAAUUUGGACAUUGGGGUGCGUGGCUCCGUUUCCAAAUUGGACACUGCCUCCAACUAUGCCUUUUUUCACCUGCUGGAUACGGUCAUGGUGGAAUUGACGGCCAAAUCCAAGGGCCUCACUGGAGACAAUCCCGAUUAUUUGAAGGUGAAUUAUCAUACGUCCUGUGUCCGGCAAUACACUCGAUUGGAAACGGCCAAGUACAAGGUUGCGGAACAUCAAUCGACAUUGGAUGGUUACUUUUCGAAAACGAAGUGA